AUGACGCUUUGGGCCUAUCGGACGGCGUAUAAGGGACCAAUUGGCAUGACCCCGUAUCGACUUGUUUUUGGCAAAGCAUGUCCUCUACCAGUAGAGUUGGAGCAUAAAACUUAUUGGGCUAUUCGACAAUGUAACAUGGAGUUAGAGCCCGCGGGGAAGGCAAGGAAAUUGGAUAUUCAAGAAUUGGAGGAAAUUCGCAAUGAUGCCUACGAAAAUGCUCGAAUUUAUAAGGACAAAACAAAGAUGUUUCAUGAAAAAAAUAUAGUUCAAAAGCAUUUCUCAGUAGGACAAAGAGUUUUGCUUUAUAACUCCGUAUUAAAGCUAUUCCCAGGUAAGCUUCGAUCUCGGUGGCAAGGACCUUUUAUUGUGAUCAAGUAUUUACAAAUGGCGCAGCUUGAAAUAGAGAGUGAAGAAUCGAAAGCGGUUCACAUCAAUGGUCAACUACUGAAGCCAUUUUACGAGAAUUUCGAGCCCACACGGUCGAGAAAAUUCAAUUAG